UCCCGACGCACUGCCUGAGCGGGUACUCAGGCGGCUUCCGGUGUGGGUGACGAGCGGUGGCCGAAGCAGGGGGAUAGACAGGGACGCUCAAGCUGGGACCAUGGCGGACGGCGGCUCGGAGCGGGCUGACGGUCGCAUCGUCAAGAUGGAAGUGGACUACAGCGCUACAGUGGAUCAGCGCCUGCCCGAGUGCGAGAAGCUGGCCAAGAAAGGAAGACUGCCAGCUGUUGCAAAAAUGGUUCAGCAGUGCUGUACUUAUGUUGAUGAAAUCACAGAUCUUCCCAUCAAACUUCGAUUAAUCGAUACUCUACGAAUGGUUACAGAAGGAAAGAUUUAUGUCGAAAUUGAGCGUGCUCGACUGACUAAAACAUUAGCAACUAUAAAAGAGCAAAAUGGUGACGUGAAAGAGGCUGCCUCUAUAUUGCAGGAGUUACAGGUGGAAACCUAUGGGUCAAUGGAAAAGAAAGAGCGGGUGGAGUUUAUUUUGGAGCAAAUGAGGCUCUGCCUAGCUGUGAAAGAUUAUAUUCGGACACAAAUCAUCAGCAAGAAAAUUAACACCAAAUUUUUCCAGGAAGAAAACACAGAGAAAUUAAAGUUGAAGUACUAUAAUUUAAUGAUUCAGCUGGAUCAGCAUGAGGGAUCUUAUCUUUCUAUUUGUAAGCACUACAGAGCAAUAUAUGAUACUCCCUGUAUACAAGCAGAAAGUGAAAAGUGGCAACAGGCUCUGAAGAGUGUUGUGCUCUAUGUUAUCCUGGCUCCUUUUGACAAUGAACAGUCAGAUUUGGUUCACCGAAUAAGUGCUGAUAAGAAGUUAGAAGAAAUUCCCAAAUACAAGGAUCUUUUAAAGCUUUUUACCACAAUGGAGUUAAUGCGUUGGUCCACACUCGUUGAGGACUAUGGGAUGGAAUUGAGAAAAGGUUCCCUUGAGAGCCCUGCAACUGAUGUUUUUGCUUCUACGGAGGAAGGUGAAAAAAGGUGGAAAGACUUGAAGAACAGAGUUGUUGAACAUAAUAUUAGAAUAAUGGCCAAGUACUAUACUAGGAUAACAAUGAAAAGAAUGGCACAACUUCUGGAUCUGUCUGUUGAUGAGUCAGAAGCUUUUCUCUCAAAUUUAGUAGUUAACAAGACCAUCUUUGCUAAAGUAGACAGACUGGCAGGAAUUAUCAACUUCCAGAGACCCAAGGAUCCAAAUAAUUUAUUAAAUGACUGGUCUCAGAAACUGAACUCAUUGAUGUCUCUGGUUAACAAAACUACGCACCUCAUAGCCAAAGAGGAGAUGAUACAUAAUCUACAAUAAGGGUCUUAAUGCUUUUAGAAAAGAAUUAAAAUUGGAAGUCAUUAAAAAGAAAAAAAAAAGACUGUUAUGGUGUAUAUGUUGGUUUUUUUCCUAAUCUCAGUUUUUUUGUCUAAAAUUUUAAAAUAGUGAAUAUAUUUGAGCCCUCUUUAACUUUUCAGUGCCCUGAUUUCAUUGUUAACUUUGCAUUUGCAGGUGGUACAAAAAUAUAAUGCAUUUUUAUUGUCUGAAUACACAAAAAAGUGUCAUAACUUACCCAGAUAUGUUUUUUUAUCACUUGACACCUUUUUAGCUACUAUUUGUUCUCAUUCAACUAACAAACAUAAUAAUAAAAACGUAUAUGCA